AUGCCCCUCGCGAAGGAUCUCCUGCACCCGUCCCCAGAAGAGGAGAAGAGGAAGCACAAGAAGUGCCUGGUGCAGAGCCCCAACUCCUACUUCAUGGACGUGAAGUGCCCAGGAUGCUACAAAAUCACCACCGUCUUCAGCCACGCACAAAUGGUAGUUCUGUGUGUCGGCUGCUCCACUGUCCUCUGCCAGCCCACAGGAGGAAAAGCAAGGCUUACAGAAGGAUGUUCCUUCAGGCGGAAGCAGCACUAA